GAGCACAACAUGCAGGUCAGAGAGGAGACCGAGCACGACCACUCUGUUGCUGAGCAUCACAUGCACCCGCGAUACGACGCAAAGACAAGCCAGUACAACCACGACAUAGCCCUGCUGAAGCUCCUCACGCCCGCAGUCCUCUCCGACUACAGCCUCCCCAUCUGCCUGGGGCCCAAGGACUUCACUGAGACGGUGCUGAGAGAGGCCUCCAGCUCAGUGGUCAGCGGCUGGGGCAGGAUGCGCUUCCAGGGCCCUGAAGCCUCCAUUCUGCAGAAGGUGGAGGUGCCCUAUGUGGACCGGACAGAGUGCAAGGGCAGCAGCGCAGAACGGGUGUCCCGCUUCAUGUUCUGUGCUGGUUACCACAGCGAGCAAAAGGAUUCAUGCAAGGGGGACAGUGGCGGUCCACAUGCCACCCGGUACCGGGACACCUGGUUCCUGACGGGCAUUGUGAGCUGGGGCGAGGAGUGCGCCAAGGAUUGGAAGUAUGGCAUCUACACUCGUGUGUCACGCUACUUUCGAUGGAUCUCCAAUGUCACUGGUUUUGGAGGCAUUGGUUUCUAUUCUGAGACUGAUGUCUGAGAGGCCAAAAUCAUGUCUGAACCUCUGCCUUUCCGUUAGGUUUGGAUUAAUAAAAUUGUGUGAUGAGCUGAUUUAUUCUUUGUUGUUUUAUUAAACGGGAUCGGGAAAUGAUGUCUAUGAAUGUCUUCUGUAAAUUAUUUAAACUAUUCAGGCAGAUUCUGAAAAAUGUGGGACUGACCCAUAGACCUACUACACCUUGUACAGUAUCAUUCAACAUUUACUGGACUUCAUUACCAAUAAAGGUAGAAAGUGUCUAAUAAAUAAAGAAAGACUAUCUGCUUGUAUUUGGUAAAAUAAUUUAAUCCAUAUAAUAUAUGCACAUGAAUUUCUCUGUACAUUUACAUUAAUCCCCAAUAUGUGCAGAAUUUACAUAUAAGCUGAAACAUCACACUCACGCUGCAUUGCACAAAAUGGAAUAGUAAUAUGGCGCUGUACUGUAUGGCUGGGUCUUGACAACGCCGACCCAACCUUGCUAUUUUGUGAUUAUUUUGGCGUUUAUCUGUACUUUAUUUGCACUAAAUGUAUCCACUAUCAUUUCUUAUGAUCAACAAAAAAUGUUGAACAUCAGAUCAGCAGUAACUAACCUCAAUUUCAACUUCGACUCAUCCGCCUUGGGCUCUUUAUGUACCUCCAAUCCACUCUUCGGGCUACUCAAGAGGAAACGGCGGCAAAGAGGCAAGAGAUCGGGCGUCCUGUUGAGACUAAGGCAAAGGGAAAACCGGCUACCACUUCCCUCCAUUCUAUAGUCACUGGAUGAUCUCCGAUCGCAGAUUUGCUAUCAACCGGACUCUCGUAACUGCAAUAUUAUCUGUUUUUCUAAAGCAUGGCUUUCGGACAAGAUAACCCCCAUUGCUAUCCAACUCAAUGGAUUCCCCAUUCUCCGAGGGGACAGGUCAUUGGAUUCAGGGAAAUCCAGAGGGGGAGGGGUAUGUCUCUUCAUCAACAACACCUCAGGACAACAACAACAAGCUUAACGAACUGCAUGAGGCUAUAAACCAGCAGGAAAACAUGCACCCGGAGGCUGCUUUUCUUGUUGCCUGUGAUUUCAAUUCUGCGUCACUAAGACACGUGAUGCCAAACUUCUAUUAACAAGUCUCCUUCGCCACUAGGGGCGAUAAAGUCCUAGACCACUGCUAAGGCAUCCGCAUGCUUCCCAGCCAAAACAGGUUGGAAGUGUUUUGUGACGUUUUUGAUCGUUUUGGACUUUGUGAGUUUUUGGGGGGCUGCUCGGACACACACAUUUCUUUAUGAAGGCAAGCCGAAGUUUCGGAGCCAAUGUCUACGCCCCUUCGUCGGUGAUUGGUCAACAGUAGGGAUUCUUCAAUAAAGUCUGUUGUCAUUCAACGAGUGAUGGCUCGUUUUCAUGCACAUUUUUUCAUUGAGAAAUACUGCACCAAACGUUUUAGUUAGAUCUAGAAUUGCGUGACUAAGAUCUCCUCUGCAAAAAAGUUAAUGACAGAUUUCUUGAGUUAUCUUAGAUUAAUUCUGACUAUUUUGAGGAAGUGUAUACUGGCUAUGGCGUCUCAAAAUGGACAAACGGUACUAUUGCCGCUUUUUUCUAGUUUUUCAAGCGAUGGUCUUUUAAGGGAAGCACACUUGUUCGGUUCGGCUAGCCGAUUUCGGCUAGGCGCCAGCCGAACUGAAGCAUGCUGACCAUUUACACAACCCACAAGCAAGCAUACAAGGCCCUCCCUCAUCCCCCUUUCGGCAAAUCAGAUCACGUCUCUAUACUCCCGCUUCCUGUUUACAAACAGAAGCUCAAAAAAGGAAGUGCUCGUGACGUGCUCCGUAGAGAAAUGGUCCUCCAAAUCGGAAGCUACGUUGUAGGACUGCUAGUGUUGACUGGAAUAUGUUUCGGGACUCCGCCAAUAGCAACGACGAGGUAAUCACCUCUGUCUCGGGCUUCAUCAGGAAAUGCAUCACCGAUGUUGUCUCCACAGUAAAGGUUCGCUGCUUCCCAAAUCAUAAACCCUGGAUUAACACUGAGGUAAGUGCUAAGCUAAAGGACAGAGCUAUCACAGCCAACCUCGAUGCUACGGCUGAGGACAUGAACAUGUACAAGAAGUCCGCUACGACCUCCGCAGAGCCAUCAAACAGGCAAAAUGACAAUAUAGGAACAAGGUGGAAUCCUUUUAGACCGGCUCCGACGCUCGAUGCAGGUGGCAUGGGCUACAGUCCAUUAAGGAUUACAAAGGUAGACCUAGCUGUGAUCUAUCCAAUGAUGCCUCUCUACCAGACGAACUCAAUGCAUUUCAUGCACAUUUUGACAAAACAACACUGAGCCGUGCACGAGGGCCCCCACCGUCCCAGAGGAUUGGGUGAUUUCACUCUCUGAGGCCAACGUGAGUAAGGUUUUUUAUCUAGUCAACACUCGCAAGGCAGCUGGCAGGCAUCUUCAAGGUCAUAUUCAACCUCUCCUUGUCCCAGUCUGUAAUCCCCACGUCUCUAGCUGACCACCAUCAUUCCUGUUCCCAAGAAAUCUAAGGCUACCUGCCACAAUGACUUCCCAUUGUAGCACUAACAUCUGUAACAAUGAAGUGCUUUAAAAGGCUAGUCAUGGCACACAUCACCUCCAUCAUCCCAGACCCACUCCAAUUUGCACACCGCCCCAACUGAUCUACAGAUGAUACAAUCUCAAUCCACACUGCCCUCUCCCACCUGAACAAGAGGAAUAACUAUGUGAGAAUGCUGUUCAUCAACUACAGCUCAGCGUUCAAUACCGUAGUGCUCGUCACCAAGCUCGGGAACCUGGGACUGAACACCUCCCUCUGCAACUGGAUCCUGGACUUCCUGACGUGCCGAGCCCAGGUGGGCACACUGGCAGUGUGGUGCCAGGACAACAACCUUUCCCUCAACAUCAGGGGGGGUUGAUCCACAUCGACAAGGCCGCAGUGGAGAGGGUCAAGAGCUUCAGGUUCCUCGGUGUCCACAUCAGUGAGGACUUAACAUGGUCCUCUCAUACCAGCACAGUCGUGAAGAACGGACGGCAACGCCUCUUGUCCCUCAGGAGGCUGAUACGAUUUGGCACGGCCCCUCAGAUCCUCAGGAACGUUUACAGCUGCACCAUUGAGAGCAUCCUGACUGGUUGCAUCACCAUCUGGUAUGGCAACUGCACCGCUCACAACCAGAAGGCCCUACAGAGGGUGGUGCCGACGGCACAGGCCUGAAAAAUCUACAAAGACUCCAGCCACCCGAGACAUGGACUGUUCUCCAUGCUCCUGUCUGGCAGGCGGUACAGGUGCAUCAACGCUCAGACAAACAGACUCCUAAACAGCUUCUACAGUGGCUUGCGAAAGUAUUCACCCCCCUUGGCAUUUUUCCUAUUUUGUUGCCUUACAACCUGGAAUAAAAUAUUUGGGGGUUACUAUCAUUUGAUUUACACAACAUGCCUCCCACUUUGAAGACGCAAAAUAUUUUUUGUGUGUGAAACAAACCCCCCCCACCCCCCAGACGCAGGAGAGUAAAUCACAGAAUAAAUGGUUUAAUCAAUAAACAGUGGUACGCAGCAAUGCGUAAUACACACCAGUGCGGACAACCGCCGCACUGGGGAAUAAAGACACGGGUGAACAACACAGCAAUAGAAAUUGAGCUCCACCGAGCUAUAAUCUCCUCUACUAUAAACAAUCACACACAAACACAAGCGGGCAGAGGGAACACUCAUACAGGUACUGAUGAGGGGAUAUGAACCAGGUGUGUGACAAAACAAAUGUAAUGAAGAUAUGAGGAGCGGCAGUGGCUAGAAGGCCGGUGACGACGAACGCCGAAGCCUGCCCGAUCAAUGAGAGGAGGCAGCUUCGGAGGAAGUCGUGACAGCUUGCUUGGUGGUGCCCCUUGCUUAGUGGUGUUGCAGACUCUGGUGCCUUUCAGAACAGGUGUAUAUAUACUGAGAUCGUGUGACAGAUCAUGUGACACAGAUUGCACACAGGUGGACUUUAUUUAUCUAAUUAUGUGACUUCUGAAGGUAAGUGGUUGCACCAGAUCUUAUUUAGGGGCUUCAUAGCAAAGGAGGUGAAUACAUAUGCACGCACCACCUUUCCGUUAUUUAUUUUUUAGAAUUUUUAGAAAUUAGUUAUUUAUUUCAUUUCACUUCACCAAUUUUGACUAUUUUGUGUAUGUCCAUUACAUGAAAUCCAAAUAAAAAAUCAAUUUAAAUGACAGGUUGUAAUGCAACAAAAUAAGAAAAACACCAAGGGGGAUGAAUACUUUUGCAAGGCACUGUAUCCCCUGGCCAUAAGGCUGUUAAAUGGCUAACAACUACUGCCAUCCACAGGUCUCUACCCACUCAGACACAACCUAUGCUGCUGCAAAAAUUAUUAUUGAUUAGAGUUAUUACUCCAUUACACUGCUGUCCAUUGAUUAUUGAUUGCCAUUACCAUUACUAUUUAUCCUGCUACUGGUCACUAUUACUCCUGUUUACAUGUAUAUAUUACCACUAGUAUCUUACCAUAAGUAUUUAUAUAUUCCUGCUAACAGUCAUUUUUCAGCCCUGUUUGCAUGUAUAUUCUACUAUCAUUCACGUUUUAUGUAUAAACCCACCUCAACCAGUCCAGUACCCUUACACAAUGAAUAAGGUACUGGCACUGACCUGUAUAUACUUGCAUUCUCGUGUUUCUAACUCAAUUUUAUUUUUUAUUCUAUAUUAUUAUCACUUUCUUGUUGGGAAAGAGCUCUCAAGAUAAGAAUUUCACUGUACUGUUUUACACCGGUUGCAUCCUGUGAACAUGGCAUGGCAAAUAAACGUUGAAACUUGCAGGACCCUCGUCUCAUGUCAAUGGUCAGACCACUGACACACCACCCCCUACUGGAACAAAACUUCAGUGCACAUAAACAUAAGCUUGGGCAGGGUGAUGCAGGCGUUCAACUGACCUCCUGCAUGACCCUGUUACCAUUUAUGCAGAAUAGUGAGCAUAGAAAUACGUAGCUUGGCGCGGUUUUCUUGCUUUUAGCUUUCACACUGAAAUGUAAGAUAUUUACAUUACAUUUACGUCAUUUAGCAGACGCUCUUAUCCAGAGCGACUUACAAAUUGGUGCAUUCACCUUAUAGCCAGUGGGAUAACACUUUACAAUAUGUUUAUUUUUUAUUUUUUUGGGUGGGGUAAGGGGGGGUAGAAGGAUUACUUUAUCCUAUCCCAGGUAUUCCUUAAAGAGGUGGGGUUUCAAGUGUCUCCGGAAGGUGGUGAGUGACUCCGCUGUCCUGUCUCUGUCUAUGUGUCCUAUCUAGUGUAAUGUCUCUGUCUAUGUUCCCUAUCUGGUGUAAUGUCUCUGUCUAUGUGUCCUAUCUGGUAUAAUGUCUCUGUCUAUGUGUCCUAUCUAGUGUAAUGUCUCUGUCUAUGUUCCCUAUCUAGUAUAAUGUCUCUGUCUAUGUGUCCUAUCUAGUGUAAUGUCUCUGUCUCUGUUCCCUAUCUGGUGUAAUGUCUCAUGUCUCUGUCUAUGUGUCCUAUCUAGUGUAAUGUCUCUGUCUAUGUUCCCUAUCUGGUAUAAUGUCUCUGUCUAUGUGUCCUAUCUAGUGUAAUGUCCGUCUAGUGUCCAAUAUCUGGUAUAAUGUCGCCUAUGUUGGGUCCUAUCGAGUGUAAUGUCCUCUGUCUUAUGGUGUCCCUAUCUAGUGUAAUGGUCUCUGUCUAAUGGGUCCUGUCUAUGUGUCCUAUCUGGUGUAAUGUCUCUGUCUAUGUGUCCUAUCUGGUGUAAUGUCUCUGUCUAUGUUCCCUAUCUGGUAUAAUGUCUCUGUCUAUGUGUCCUAUCUAGUGUAAUGUCUCUGUCUAUGUGUCCUAUCUGGUAUAAUGUCUCUGUCUAUGUUCCCUAUCUGGUAUAAUGUCUCUGUCUAUGUGUCCUAUCUAGUGUAAUGUCUCUGUCUAUGUGUCCUAUCUGGUGUAAUGUCUCUGUCUAUGUGUCCUAUCUAGUGUAAUGUCUCUGUCUAUGUGUCCUAUCUGGUGUAAUGUCUCUGUCUAUGUGUCCUAUCUGGUGUAAUGUCUCUGUCUAUGUUCCCUAUCUGGUAUAAUGUCUCUGUCUAUGUGUCCUAUCUAGUGUAAUGUCUCUGUCUAUGUGUCCUAUCUGGUAUAAUGUCUCUGUCUAUGUGUCCUAUCUAGUGUAAUGUCUCUGUCUAUGUGUCCUAUCUAGUGUAAUGUCUCUGUCUAUGUCUCUGAUGUGUCCUAUCUGUGUAAUGUUGUCUAUGUUCUUCUGUCUAAUGUGUCAUGUGUCCUAUCUGGUGUAAUGUCUCUGUCUAUGUGUCCUAUCUGGUAUAAUGUCUCUGUCUAUGUUCCCAUCUGUGUAAGUCUCUGUCUAUGUGUCUAUCUGUAUGUGUCGUGUAAUGUCUCUGUCUAUGUGUCCUAUUGGUAUAAUGUCUCUGUCUAUGUGUCAUAUCGGGUGUCAUGUCUCUGUCUAUGUGUCCUAUAUGGUUGUUAAUGUCGCGUCUAUGUGUCCUAUCUAGUGUAAUGUCUCUGUCUAUGUGUCCUAUCUAGUGUAGUGUCUCUGUCUAUGUUCCCUAUCUGGUGUAAUGUCUCGUAGAGGUUAAGCCCCUCCAGUCAAUGUGUUAAGACUGCUGUUGUCUGUGCUAAUCUCUGGGACUCGCCAGUUGUCUCUGAUGAGCAAGCUGACCGGGCAGAGCUCUCUCCUCAGUGAGCUGUGGGUCAUUACUGCUGCCCACUGCCUGAACGAGGGUAAGAUUGGAUCCUUCUUCAUCAGUAGGUGGAGUUAAACCAGGUAGGAGUGAUGCCGCCUAUUUUGUCUUUGUGCUUCACUCAUUCAAAUCCUGUUUAUCUGAUCACAAUACAAAAUACAAAUAAAAACGUCACGCACUGCUGUUCAUGCUAACAGGUGGUUUUAUUGACAUGUUUCGACGACAGGAGGUUGGUGGCACCUUAAUUGGGGAGAACGGGCUCGUGGUAAUGACUGGAGCGGAAUCCGGGGAAUGGUAUCAAAUACUUUAAACACAUGGUUUCCAGGUGUUUGACGCCAUUCCAUUUGCUCUGUUCCGACCAUUAUUAUGAGCUGUUCUCCGCUCAGCAGCCUCCACUGGUUUCGACCCUUAGGUCUUCAUCAGUCAUCCAAGAUUUUGCCUGAUGAACAAACACCUAUGGGUUGAAACGGUGUGUCAAUAAAAUCACCUGGGAGCAUGAACAGCAGUGUGCUGCGUUAUCGUUUUUAUUUUUCAUGAACUCACCUAUAACUCCAGCACCUGCAAAAAAAAGUACCUGGAUGUGCAAAUGUUCUUCAGCUUUUGUAUCUGAUCACAACGUGUCUCUGCAGGGGAGCACAACAUGCAGGUCAGAGAGGAGACCGAGCACGACCACUCUGUUGCUGAGCAUCACAUGCACCCGCGAUACGACGCAAAGACAAGCCAGUACAACCACGACAUAGCCCUGCUGAAGCUCCUCACGCCCGCAGUCCUCUCUGACUACAGCCUCCCCAUCUGCCUGGGGCCCAAGGACUUCACUGAGACGGUGCUGAGAGAGGCCUCCAGCUCAGUGGUCAGCGGCUGGGGCAGGAUGCGCUUCCAGGGCCCUGAAGCCUCCAUUCUGCAGAAGGUGGAGGUGCCCUAUGUGGACCGGACAGAGUGCAAGGGCAGCAGCGCAGAACGGGUGUCCCGCUUCAUGUUCUGUGCUGGUUACUACAGCGAGCAAAAGGAUUCAUGCAAGGGGGACAGUGGCGGUCCACAUGCCACCCGGUACCGGGACACCUGGUUCCUGACGGGCAUUGUGAGCUGGGGCGAGGAGUGCGCCAAGGAGGGGAAGUAUGGCAUCUACACUCGUGUGUCACGCUACUUUCGAUGGAUCUCCAAUGUCACUGGUUUUGGAGGCAUUGGUUUCUAUUCUGAGACUGAUGUCUGA